CUUUAUUUCUCCCUCUGUUACUGAGCUUUUUUUUUCUCUAUGGUAAAGUAGGAAUGAGCUGAGUUGCUGUGAUUUGGGGAUAAGGUUACCGAAAUCAGUGAGCUAGCAGAAAAAUUCAUGGCGGAUUGGCAUGGAAUCAUGAGGAAGAAUCCAAGUAGUUAUAGUAGGAGCUCAGACAGGGAUGAAGAUUUUGAAGAAGAUGAUAUGUGGUCUUAUGCAAAGGAGACUGAAGAUUCAAGUCCCGUCCUGAGGAAAUCCAAGGAUUUUGUAGGUUCUUCCUCCUCCUCCUCUGCAUGGCGCAUCACCACCACACCAAGAAUGAUCCCAAGGGUUGGCAACUUAACAAGCCAUGAAACUAAGAUCGCUCAACGAUCCUCAGCACCAGUCAAUAUCCCUGAUUGUUCAUCACAAUAUGCCGCUUUAAAUGAUUAUUGAUUCCAUUGGGAAAAAAAAAAAAGAAGAAGUAUUAAUUGUUCCCACAAUCCAUCUCUGAAAGAAAAGGAAGGAUAUUAUUGCUUUGUACCCUUUCGGCAUUGAAUCCUUUCUCUUUUUAGUUCUUAUUUCUCUUUGCACAUAUUUUAAGAAGUUUGUGUUUAUAUACAAAUGUAACCAAUCCUAAUUUUAGCAAUAGAGCUCUACAAGCUCUUUGAUUAAGUGGUUAAAGGAUUAAUUAAGUAUUUUUUUUAAU